AUGGCUUCUCCCCGCCCUCACAACUUCGGUGCUCAAGGCUAUCCUCUCUCGAACGGUGCGACGCCCGCUGGUCCUGUGCCCGGGGCCGCACCGCUUCUUCCCAACAAUGGCAAAGUGAUCCAGAAUGGCCCUACUAGAAUUCUUUGCAUUGCGGAUGUCCGAGGAAACCUGAAGUCUCUGAAUGAGUUGGCCAAGCAAGCUCGCGCAGAUCACAUUAUCCACACGGGUGACUUUGGUUUUUACGAUGAUACUUCGCUGGAGCGUAUUGCAGACAAGACCCUCAAGCAUGUGGCGCAAUACUCUCCUCUGCUCCCCGAGAAUGUGAAGCGGACGAUUGCACAGGUCCCGCCCCAGCAAUCGAUCAAGCAACGCUUCGCACCCGAGCAGCUACCCCUCUCCGAGCUUCCCAUGCUUCUCGACAAGAGAAUCACCUUGGACGUUCCUGUGUACACAGUGUGGGGUGCUUGUGAGGAUGUCCGGGUGCUGGAAAAGUUCCGCUCCGGCGAAUACAAGGUCGACAAACUGCAUAUCAUUGAUGAAGCCAACUCGCGCCUGCUUGAUAUCGGCGGCGUGAAGCUGCGUUUGCUGGGAUUGGGAGGUGCUGUGGUGAUGCACAAGCUCUUCGACAAUGGCGAGGGGAAGACGACGAUUGCCGGUGGCCAAGGCACUAUGUGGACCACACUCCUCCAGAUGGGCGAGCUAAUUGACACCGCCAAUCGCGUUUACGACCCGUCUGAAACUCGGGUAUUCGUCACGCAUGCCUCGCCCGCCCGCGAGGGCAUGCUAAACCAGCUCUCCGUUACGCUCAAGGCCGACUUCUCUGUCUCGGCUGGUCUCCACUUCCGUUACGGGUCUUCCUACAACGAAUUCUCCGUCAACCCCUCCCUGGAUCACUACCGUGGCAAGCUGGCCGCGUCGAAGGCGUCGUUCACCGAUGUCUGGGAGACGGUUCGUGGCGAGGUAGAGUCGGCCAUCUCGUCCAACGAGGCCCAGAAGACUCUGUUGGACAAUGCACUGGAUGUGGUGCAGAAGAUGCCUUCCAUCGCCAACGGUGGCAACCCAUUUGGCGGCCCCGUCGCUGCUGGUAAUGCUGCUGGUCAGGUGGACGAGAGCGCUUUCAAGAACAUGUGGAACUUCAACCUGGCGGAUGCCGCAUUUGGAUACCUGGUUCUGGAGAUCGAGGGUGGACGUAUUGCGACGGAGAUGCGGGCUCAAGGUUUCAACUUCGCUCACCGCAGUGGCAAGCCCCAGGCCGGUGGUGUUCCUCAGCCCGUUGCAAGUGGCCUGCCUGCCACCACCGCUUCCCCCGCUCCCACCGGUGCCGCUCGGGUGCCUGCCGUGACUCCCCAGUUUGGUCAAACUCCUCCGGCUCGGGGUGGUCCAGCGCCUGCCCAGCAAGGCCCAGCCAAGGGUCAGCCCGCCCGUGCCUCGCCGGCCCCUGUUAUCCCCAAGGCUCCUAGCCCCCAGCCACCUCUUGCUGCUUCGGCCCAGCCUGCCGGGGAAGAAAAGGCCGCUGGUGCCGAUACAAACGGCACGGCUCAGCCUGAUAAGGCGAGCGAGUCCCCCGCCCCUCGUGGAGAAAAGAAGCCCAGCAACGGAUUGUUUGUGUCCAACGUUGAGAAUGAGCAGGCGAUCCGUGACCUGCUUCCCGAAGAAGACAAGGCCACUGUGGUCAAGAUCGAGAAAUACGGCAAAUUCAACCACGUUGUGACAUUCUCCACCGUCGAGGAGGCCAAGGCUGCUCUGGAUCGCCAACCCACGGAGCACAAGAAGUCCACUCCUCCUGGCCAACCCCGCAAGCCGAACUUCAAGUUCUUUGAAGAGCGUCCUCGUGGCCAGGGCAACGCCGGAACAUGGCAGUCCAGUGCCCGGGGCGGUGGUAACGCCGGCCAGCGUGGCUACCAGAGUGCCAGUGACAGUGAGGGUGCUCGUCGGGGUGGAUUCGGUGGCCGGGGCCGGGGCCGAGGAGACCGUGGUCGUGGUGGACGAGGCCGGGGCAAUUACAAGGGAGGUGCUGGCUCAGCCGACUCUCCCGCCCCGUCGACUCCGUCGGGCGACAAGCCUGCCCCGUCUGGUGACGCCUGA